GCACAUGGGCUCCAAUAUCCUGCGGGAACAAAUGGCGUAUGAACCAAUUGUUGGUCACCGGCUUCCAUGGGACUGCAUCUCCUUACGAUGCUCCACUGCCUUGUGGGUUAGACCAUUAGGUCGAAGGCUCGGGGUGUGGCCUCCUUGUAUCAAUAUCUAUGUGUUAAUAACUUAGAAUUCGAAAUCAAGUAUUCAACAAGUACAAAAGAAUCAUCAGUUCAUUCAAACACCACACAUAUCAUAUGAUUUUCAGUAAACUGCCUCCUUAAAACAAUAUUUUUCAAUAAUGUAUAUAUAGAAAGUAAUCUUAUUGGAGUUUUGUUCUCUGAUCCGGAUAAUUUAAUCGUGAAGCUUUCAUUAUCUUUCCAGACAAAAUCAUCAUCAUCAUCAUCACAAACUUCAGACAAAAGUGAGCUAUAAAAAUCUUCCUACAGUUGAAUAACAUCUUAUGUUGUCGAUAUAAGUUUAAUCGAAUUUUUUAACCAAGUAAAAAGAUCAUGAACAACUUCCAGAAAGUUGAAAAUCAGGUGAACGAGAAACUUAAUUAAAAUAAGUAUAUGAACGAUAACAGGACACAAUAGCCAACAAUAACCAGUAAAGAUCUAGGUUAACAGAACCAGCUGUCAGUCAUGUUUGAAGAAAUAUGAAUAGCUCAUUGCUAUCUGAAGUUUUGUGUUGUGAAGCGAAGAAAAACAAUGAAGUGACAAACAAUUCAAGAUAUUUUUUAGGCAUUAUCUGACUUAAUUCGUAAUCUGUGAACUACUAACAUUUAAAUGUAUCUACCUUACUCUAUAAUUCACAUGCUUUCGAUUAAUCUAUAACUUACUGCCAUGCUCUCUUCUAUUUCAAAGUUAAUGUAAUUCAAACGUGACCAUUGUAUUAAAUUUUCGUACUGUAAUAGUCUCGGUUAGUAUAAUUGUAUUCAUUGUGUGUUGCGAUCUCGUUAGUCCUACAUUUUCGUGUUGAAUGAGUCGGAUAAAGUAUUCUGCUAUAGUUUUUGCUUGCUAAUAAAUCAUCAAGUUGUCAGUGAUACGGUAGCUUUUUCCUCUCUCCUCUCAAGGCUGACCAUUCACAAGUCAAACUUACGCGAUUCAGUCUUCAACACACCAAGUAACGUAGCACAAUAAGCCGUUAACUAGUUCGAGACAACUUCUCUUUCUGCAUAUUCAUGUACGAACUAGUGGGGAAGAUAAGAUAACAGUGUCAUCACAUUCGUACUGUCUAUGACUUUGUUCAGAAGGACAAUAAAAUAUUCCACAAUUACAUCCACAUUGCUCAGAGAACGAAACCACCAAAAUAAUUCACAUGAACUGCAAAUUUCCACUCAACAUUGAAAUGACGUUAUGGAUAAAUAAUCAAUAUACCCCUAUCUUGGAAAGCUUUGUAUCGGUAAAGGAUAUUCACAUAUAUACUCAUAUGGAGUGAAAACAAUUGAAUACUAUGGACUGUCAUCUAAUAUUACGUAGUGCAUUUUCAAUUUUUGUUUGUUUGAAGUUUUGCUACAUAACUGAUCUGUAACUCGUUACUAGUCUGGUUAACUCCGCAUGAAACACUCAGUUAACAAUCGUUUAACCAGAUUCUAUGAUAAAUGUAAACAGAUCAAGAACGAAAAGGUUUGCAGAGUAAUGUAAAUUCAUUUUAUUUUGCAAACUUGGAAAUCAACUUGAGAAGUGUUGGUCUUGCAAAAAUAUACUUUGAAAAGUGAUGGGUUUAACCUCACCCGUGGGGUGGAGGAACGCUAAUAUGUAUUUAUCUGACUAGAACAAUUUUAUUAUGUUUUAUCCUGAUCAUUGUGCUCAUAAGUAGUUAACGGUUUGCUGCAAAAUAUUUGAGACGUAUCGUCGUGAUGACACAGAAGUUGAAAGGAAUAUUACUCUUGGAGAAUCAUUAUAUUACUGAUUCAUGUAGUUAGUAGUGUGAUGUGGGUUAAGUCGAUUUUUCCAUUGGUGUUCCAACAAUCUUGUUGAUAAUGAUGAUAUAAUUUUGUGUGCUUUUAUCUCAAGCUGAACAUGAAAAUGAAGAGUCGACAUUUCGUUUAUUACAAUUAAUACUUGCAUGCGCUGUGAAUUGUGAUAAUAAACAAACUUAUAUUCAAACAAUUAUGGGGAUGGAAGAAACUGUGCAACAAGCUAUAAUGGAAGCGAUUCAACAAUUAAUGUCAACUCGUUUAAGUAUGAGUGAUACUAUGGAUUAUGAAGAUCGUUUAUGUAAGACAGUGGAACAAUGCAAAGCAUUAUUAAUAGAAAAAGAGAAAUUGGCUGAACAGUGUAAAAAUCUUCAGCAAGAAGUAUUAAAUUUACAAGACGAAAAGUCACAUCAGCAAUCUGAAUUGAAUCGUUUUAAAACGUAUUUCAAUUCAUUGGGUUUAAAUCCAGCGAUAUUGGCAACAGCAUCAAUUAAUUCUCAAUCAUCUCCAACACCUUCAGUAGUUACAGCUACAACAGGAGUUGAAUCAAUUGAAAGUGACUUGAAUUCAAUCAAUACAGAAUUGUUAAAUCAAUCUGCUAGUUCCAUUUCAGCAAUUACUUGUAGUAAUAAUGUUCUAAUGAGUCCAACCAUAGCUAAUUUACGUAUAAAUCAUUUACAAAAUCAAUUAAGUAAAUUACGUGAUGAAUUGUAUAGAACUGAGUGUGAUAAAGAAGAAUUAAAAAUUCAACUAACCGAAGUCACUGCACAAAAUCUUGAAUUAAAACAAAAAUGUACCAUUUUAACGGCAAAAGCAGAAGAAAGUAUUCAUUUAAAAGAUGAAUUAGAUAUUGCUCGUGAAGAAGCAUCUAAUAUAUUACGUUUAUCUACAACUAUUGAACAAUUACGUAAACAUGCUGAUGAAGUAGUUAGUUUACGUUUACGUUGUUCACAAUUAGAAAAUGAUAAUCAAAUUUGUGUACAACGUUUAACUGAAUUAGAACAAGAAACACGUUUAGAUGGGAAUAUACGAUCAAAAGUAAAAGCUCAAGCACGUUUACAAAUAGAAGAUGCACAAUUCUUAGCAAAUGAAGCAAUAAAACGUGCUGAAUUAGCUGAACAAAAUUUAUUAAAAAUUCGACAAGAAUUAAUUAAUGUAAAUCGUGAAAAAGAGUGUAUCUUCUCUGAACUUACUCGUCUUAAAUCUUGUUGUGAAGGUCUUCAAUCAUGUGCACAAGCAUCAAAUUAUGAUACACCAGCAAUGGAAUCACAAAUGUUAAAUUUACAAGAAGAACUAUGUCGUUUACGUACAUCAAUGUAUGUUAGUGAUGGGAGUAGUGAUAACAAUAUGAAUGAAUUUGGCGGCGAUACUACUACUAUUACAACUGGUAUAUUAGACAAUGACACUGGUUUUGUUGAUGAUAAUGAUGUGCAUCAUUUUAAUAUGUCCUUAACAUCACAAAACAAACUAAAUACUAAUGAUAAUGAUUGCCAUUCAUUAACUGUCAAUGAAAAUAAUUCUUCCAGUACACAUAUUAUACAAACACCAUCUACAAAUUCUUAUCAUAAUCAUGUUGAUAAAGAUAUGUGUAAUCCAUCUACCAACACUACAAUGUUAUAUACAAAUUUAAUGACAAAAUUAACUCAGAAAGAAUCUGAUUUCAUUGAAAUGGAACAAAAAUAUCGAGGUUAUUUAUGGAAAGCACGUGAAGUGAUUCGAUUAUUAGAACGUCAAUAUCGACAACAUCAACAUAAUUGUCCACAAUAUAAAGAGAAAAUAAUCAUUGAUACAAACAAUACUAAUAGUACUGAUAUUAAGAACAAUAGUAUAAAUAGUGAUAAAAUGAACGAAGAGAUUAAUUAUUUACGUAGAUUAUUAGUUGAAAAGGAACGUGUUAUUGAGAAAUUAGAGACUUAUCAUGAACAAAUGAGACGUCAUUAUGAAACUGACGAACGUAUUCUAUUAAUUGCAUGGUAUAAUUUAGUCAUUAAAUCAACUAAAAAUUUUAUUGAAUCAAAUUUCAAACAAAAUAAUCAUCAUUUUUCUACAAAUAAAUUAAAUAAUUUUCUAUUAGAUUAUAAUACAGAAAAUAAUUUAUCAUUUUUAACAAGACAACGUCAUAUUCAUUUAAAAUCUCCGACGGAUUUAACAUCAUUAGUGAUGGCAACAAAAUAAUAAUUCAUUGUUGUUGUUGUUGUCGUCAUGGUCGUCGUUUUUGUAUCCAUCUCCCUUCACUACUACUCAUUGGUUCACAUUAUGUUUUUUCUCUUAUCGUUGUGUAUUUCACUAAAAUUGAUAAAUGAUUUUUCAGGAUACAAUCAAAUUUGUUUUCCAUAUUUCAAUGUUUUCAUCUUUCUUUACUCUCUAUUAAUUAAGAUUUUCUUAGUUUCAAUGCAGCUAUUUUACAAAUUCAUCAAAUUUUAUUUAAAUCUUAGAUCAUGAUUAUUUCAUACUUACCUCUUAAAUUUCAUCUUGAAAUGAUCAUUAAAUGACAAAAUGAUAAUCCCGAUCAUUUAUUAGUUCAAUUACUCAUUAUUGAUUUAGUCAAUUGAUUUUGAGUUUAAUGUUGAUUCUAAAUUGUUUCUUACUUCAUAUUUACAUGAAUCGUUGUACAUAUGAAGAAUUGGAUGGUUCAAUAAUAUUUCCUAUUCUUUUCUAUUUGUUGUUGUUAAUGUUACUGUUACAUUUUCUGAUUAUCAUUGAUUUGUUGAUCAAGUGCUUGAUUCAUUUUUUUGUAAUUAAUCAUUGAUAAUAUAUACUUUACUUACUUACUUACUC